GGAGAUUUUACAGCUGGAUACACUGUCUGUGGCUGAAGCAUGAAGAAAGAACAGGUUGUAAACUGUCAGUUUUCGGUUUGGUAUCCUAUAUUCAAGAAACAUACGAUUAAAAGCUUGAUUCUUCCUUUGCCUCAGAAUGUGAUUGAAUAUUUACUCGACGACGGGACCCUUGUAGUUCCUGAGAGCACCCAACAGCCAGCAACAAAUUGCAAUGACUCUGACUUGGAGGAAGACAUCCAGUGGUCAGAUGAUGAGACAACGACUACUGUCACAGCUCCAGAGUUCCCAGAAUUCACUUCCAAAGUGCAGGAGGCCAUAAAUGCCCUGGGAGGCAGGGUAUUCCCCAAACUGAAUUGGAGUUCUCCACGGGAUGCGAACUGGAUCGCCCUGAACAGCUCCCUGCAGUGCCACAGCCUGAGCGACGUCUUCCUGCUCUUCAAGAGCUCUGACUUCAUCACGCACGACCUGACCCAGCCGUUCCUCUUGUGCAACGAUGACUCCCCGGAUCCAGAGAUAAGCUUCGAGCUCGUACUGAGGAAGUGGAGUGAACUCAUUCCGGGAGGGGAGUUUCGGUGCUUCGUCAAGGAGAACAAGCUGAUUGGUAUCUCCCAGAGGGACUACACCCAGUACUACCAACACAUCUCCAAGCAGAAGGACGACAUCUGCCGCGCCAUCCACGACUUCUUCAGGGAUCACAUCCAGUACAAAUUCCUGGACGAGGACUUUGUUUUGGAUGUGUACAGAGAUAGUGAGGGCAGGGUGUGGGUGAUCGAUCUGAACCCCUUUGGAGAGGUGACCGACUCCCUGCUUUUCACCUGGGAGGAGCUGACCAAUCAGGUAGAAAGAGACCCUGACCAACAGGAUGGCCCUGUGUUCCGCUACACCACCAGUGAGGUGACAGUGCAGCCCAGCCCCUGCCUCAGUUACCGGAUGCCGCGUGAUUUCGUCGACCUCUCCACCGGCGAGGACGCCUACAAGCUCAUCGACUUCCUCAAACUGCAGAAAAACCAGCAAGAACAAUCUGAUGAAGAGGCGUGAAUAACUAGGACAGCAGCAACGAAAGGCCAAGCGUUUUGGGAGUGUAAUGCCUUCUGUACUUUGUAAUGCCUUCUGAAGUGCAGAGGCUGAAUGCUUGUAGAUCAUUGUCUAUGUUUUAUAGUUCUUUUUGACCGGACAGACAGAUACUCCCUCUGUAGUAUAUUAUCUUGGGUUCGGAAUGGACUUGGGUUCUCAAAAUCAAUAGUGUUAACAUACGGAUGUUUAUUUCAUUUAUUAAAGGCAUGGGUAGUGUGUAGCAGUUAAGCUGAAUUAGCGUUAUGGUUUCAUUGCUGAAUGAUUUCCUUUUGUGAUGAAAAGUGAGGCUUGGCAAUGUGGCCUGCUUGUGUUCAGAGUGUAGCAAAGGGUGGAAUGGUUUAGAAGCCAUUUUGGUGAAAAGGCUUGGAAGCCGUUUUGGCCAAAGGGCUUGGAAGCCAUUUUGCUCUGUGUCUAGCAAAGCAGUAUAUGUCCAGACAAGUCAGCUGCGUGGAACCUCUGUCCACGUCACCUUUUAUCUUCAUUGGCCUUUUGAAGGAGCAACUCCAUCACAUCAGCGCUCCCUGCAUUAACUAAAGGAAACACUGCGUUCUGAGAGAGGGGUUAAACAUCAUUUUGCGGAAUCCCCAGCAAGGCUCUCAGAGCACCUCCGCAGUGCGUCGGGGGAACACAUUGAGUUUUAAGGCCAGCGUAUUUUUUGUUUUGUUUUUACACUGGCAAAUUCAAGUACUUCUCAUUUUUCAUUUGAUUUAGGCACUAACAUAUGCAACAAAUUAUUUGACUUUAAAAACAAAAAUCUGAGGAAAACAUUCCAGUCACAAACACUCACUCUACCGCUGCAUAUAUUUAUUUUGUACAGGAGUGUUUUCAGUGGAAAAGCCCCUGCUCUGUGAGGUGUUUCUGGAACUUAAUCAGGGCUGGUGGAAUAACAGUGCUAAAUAAAGCUAGUAAUAAAGCUUAAGUGUGUGAACCUCUGCUACUGUCUGCUGUCUACUGUCUACUGUCUCUGUCCACUUCUGAGGAAGACCAUAAAUGGCAUAGCUUUUAUAAUGCUACAGUGUAAAAUAAUGAUCACGGUGUUCUUUUUUGCUUUUGCACAUUGUGGCCAGAAUGAAUAAUUUAAUAUGAGCUUGUUAUGGUUGGAUAAGACAGCUUUGUGUUCUGAAACUGUUGGGACGUUUUUUGCAU